GGCGCAGGGUGGGCGCAGCAUGGCCUCGUCCCCGCCGGGCCCCGGUUCCGGCCCCGCUCCCGCAGCCCGCUGGGGACAGGGCUGUCAUCCUGAAUGCGCAGUGGGUUGUGCAGGGAAUGGAGGGAUACAGAGAGUUCAAGACACCUUCAAGGCCAAAGAUCUGCUGAUCACCCCAGCCACCGUUCUGAAGGAGAAGCCCGACCCAGAGAGCCUGGUUUUCGGGACCGUUUUCACCGACCACAUGCUGACCAUCGAGUGGUCUUCGGAAUCCGGAUGGGAGAAGCCUCACAUCAGACCCCUGGAGAAUCUUUCGUUGCACCCUGGCUCAUCAGCUCUGCAUUAUGCUGUGGAAUUAUUUGAAGGUCUGAAGGCGUAUCGAGGGGUGGAUGAGAAGAUCCGUCUGUUCCGCCCGAAGCUGAACAUGGACAGGAUGCUGCGGUCGGCCGUGAGGGCCACCUUACCUGAGUUUGACAAAGAGGAGCUGCUCCAGUGCAUCAUCCAGCUGGUCAAGGUGGACAAAGAGUGGGUGCCCCACUCCACAGCUGCCAGCCUCUACAUCCGCCCCACGCUCAUCGGCACCGAGCCCUCCCUUGGAGUGAAGAAGCCCACCAAGGCCCUGCUCUUUGUCAUCCUGUGUCUGGUGGGGCCCUACUUUGCCAGCGGAAGCUUCAACCCCGUGUCCCUGUGGGCGAAUCCCAAGUACGUCCGAGCUUGGAAAGGAGGCACCGGGGACUGCAAGAUGGGCGGGAAUUAUGGAUCCUCCAUCUUCGCCCAGCGAGAAGCAGCGGAUUAUGGGUGCCAGCAGGUUCUUUGGCUCUAUGGAGAUGACGAGCAGAUAACUGAAGUCGGGACGAUGAAUCUUUUUCUCUUCUGGGUAAACGAAGAUGGAGAGGAGGAGCUGGCCACGCCACCCCUAGAUGGGAUCAUCCUUCCAGGAGUGACGAGGCAGUGCAUCUUGGAACUGGCACGCAGAUGGGGCGAAUUUAAGGUGUCAGAGCGGUACCUUACCAUGAAUGACCUCAUCGUCGCCUUGGAGAGAAACCGAGUUAAGGAAAUGUUUGGCUGUGGCACAGCCUGCAUUGUUUGUCCGGUUUCUGAAAUACUCUAUGGAGGGAAGACUUUGCACAUUCCAACUAUGGACAACGGCCCUGAGCUGACAACCCGCCUCCUGGACCAGCUGACUGACAUUCAGUAUGGAAGAGAAGAGAGCGACUGGACAAUCUCCGUAUCUUGAAAGAAAAGAGAAAAGCAGAGGAUAACCGCUCCCUCUCAAAAAGAAGACACCAUGAUAUUUGUGUUCCGGUAGAUGUCUUUGAUUACCUGUUUAGAGAAAUGCAUAACGUAGUUCCUGUGUUCCCAGAGAGGUUAUUUUGUUUCUUCGUGCCAGAAAAUGUGAAUAACAACCCUACUACUCUA